AUGGCGGACUUGAAUAUAUUGGACAUAGCCCAACUGGGCGCCAAUCUGUCAAGUUCUCUUGACCUGCAGACUGAGACAUGUCGCAAAUCCAGAACAAAGGGCAUACCCAAGCUCUUGUCCCUAGUCAAUUCGACAUCAUCAACACUUCGAAAGCUUCACGAACUGUCUCACCAAGCUCCUGAUGCUUUUACCGAAGUUUGCAUAAACGACAUCAAUGGACUUGCCACUAAGUGCAGAGUCCUAUACGAAGGGAUUCUCGUCCUAUUGGUCAAUCGAGACGAACAACACGACGAAAACAAAGAAAUUGGUCGCAUGAACAACGAACAAGUAGAAAGUCUUCUAUCCAGUUUGACGAACAAGAGCUUUUCGAACUACAAAAUCUGGGAAUGGCUAGACCCUCGUCUCAAGAUUUGUCAACAGGAGUUACAACAAGUCAAGUACGAGCUGAUGAUGCGAGUUCUUCUUGGUAGUAUCGCUCAGUUUCAAUUAAGCACUAACACGCGUUCUCAUGGGGAUUGGGACCGUGAACGUUCGAUGCGGCUGUCUGCCGAUAACAUGGCUAUAAGACGAGGGGCGUACCACAAGAAGUUCAAAGAAAAGCGAGAUCGCUGGACAAAGAAAGACACUCCGUCAUCUUCGGCUAGAACUUCUAUCGAAGAAAAGAGAAGCGUGACUACAGAUUCAAGUUCUGUUACUGCAGCACCCACGUCUGUACCGGACAAGACCACAAUUGCCCACAACGACAAGACUGAAGAUAUUGGAAAAGGCGUCAAACCUGAAGUUAGCAAUGCAUCUGACACCAUCAACCCAACUCCCGAUGACGAAGAAGACAAUGCCACAAAGUCUUCAGACACGAGUUCUUAUUUGUGCACUGCUCCCAAAACCUGGUUUCGGCGUUUAUUCUCGUGCAAGUCAUGCGAUGAGUGGUGCUACGAGGAUAUCGAAGCAUAUACCCUCCACAUCAGAAACGGCAGACAGCAUGUUGCGAAGCUGCCACUGGAAGAAAAGGAAAUCAUACCUACCUUGCGCAAGCUGACCACCAAGAAUUUUUGGAACAAGCGGACCAGCGUCAUGGAACAAUACGCUUCAUUUGACCAGACUGUUCGUCAGGACAUUGACAAGGCCAUCUCCACUGCGAGGCGCAAGAGCGUUCGUGAAAUGACUUUGAUCGCCUUGUCGGCUAGGAAAACAGUUUCAUCGGCUGGGAUCGACAACAGGGUUUCGUACACUUCAGAGAUGUCAAUCACGAUCUUCUUCAAGCUCGGCGAAUUAUAUGCGCCUAUUUGGAUCAUUGACACAAACAAUGAGAAGUGGGGUAUUCCUUAUACAUCGUGCGAAACAGUCAAGAAUCACCGUCACGCCCGAGACCUGGGAUUCGAUUCGUCGUCCUGGCAUGAUCCUAAGAUUGACUACAAUGGGAUACUGCCCGCCUCCGCCAUGCUUUCGGAUUCUUGGGCGCCAGAUGAGGAAACGUUGAAACCUACGGGACUGGGAAAUCUUUUCCGUCUUUGGACGAAUGCCGUUGAUCCUGAAGCUGAAGAUUGCAGUGAUUCUGACUGGAGUUAUUACUCUGGAACUGAUUCAUGUAGCUCUACUGAUAUAGCCGACUGA